GAGGCCUGACUGUCGGGAGGGACUGUGCAGACACACAGUUCGUCCCCAGGGAGGGAAGGUGGAGCUGUAUCCCUGUGACCAGACUGAGUAGCUAUGAAACACCCACUGCUCCUGCCUGUUCUCCUGCUGGGGACAGUUUCUGCUCUUCAUCUGGAGAAUGAUGCUCCCCAUUUGGAAAGCAGAGGGACACAGGCAGAGCUGAGCCAGGAUCUGGAAGAUUCAUGGGAGCAGGAAGGACAGCUGGCCCUGACCAAGGAGGCGAUUCGGUCAGAGGCAGACGAGGCUGAGGCUUCUGGCUAUCAAGAUGACUUUGAGGAUGGGGAGGCCAUGGAGUCAGACCCAGCUGCUCUAGAUAAGGACAUGGACUGCCCCAGGGAAGAGGACACAGUUCAAUGGCAGGGCAGUCCUGGGUGCAAGACCUGCCGCUACCUGUUGGUGCGGACCCCCAGGAAGUUUAGGAAAGCUCAGCGUAUCUGCAAGCGGUGCUACCGAGGCAACCUCAUCUCUAUCCAUAGCUACAACUUUAACUAUCGCAUCCAGUGCUUGACCUCAGGAAUCAACCAAGGCCAGAUCUGGAUUGGAGGCAUCAUCAGGGGCCGGUUUCUGUGUAAGAAAUUUUACUGGACUGAUGGUAGCAGCUGGAAUUUUGGAUACUGGGCCUCAGGGCAGCCUGGCAACGGGAGAGGACGAUGUGUGGCCCUGUGCACCAGAGGGGGUCACUGGCGGCGAACUCCGUGCAAAAGGCGUCUGCCCUUCGUCUGCUCCUUCUAAGCCAGUGGCUUGGAGACCCUGCCUCGGAGCCCCCUCCCUUCACACCCUCCUGGCUGCAGCUGGGCCCUGGGCUCCAUCCCCAGGCCUGUCCUGGUCAUAAAUGCAGACC